AUGUGUGGAUCACUUCUGUCGAAGUUUAAGAAUCCAACCAACAAGAUACGCUCAGGAAACAUCAGUUUUACGGAGCCACACCAGGCUCUGUGUAAGAAAAGGUUGGCCAAGGAAGACGUGGAUAGGAAUGAAGACAAAGAGUUUUCUAAAGAUGGACUUCAAACUAGUGCAUCGAGCGUUCGUUCUAUGGGAAAAAUCCCCAGCACCAGCUCUUUCAAGCAGGGGUCUUCCUACGAAACUGAUUCUUCGUCGCUAGAUGAAACAGAAUCUGCCGUGCGCGCAUUGGUUGACCAAAGUAGAAACAUAUUCCCUGCCGCGCGCAUGAACAACAGCAAAGAUCGGCUCCGUGUUUUGGAUCGCGAUGAUCAAUUGUUGGAAACUGCUCGUGAAAUACUUACUUUUCAACUCUGUGCUUCCUCGUCCAGCUCCAAUACUACCCGAGCCGUCAAGCCCUUCAGUUCAGCCGUUUCCUCUGUUCCAAAUAAAACGCAAGCCGCAGUGGCAUUUGACAUUCCUGCUGGAAAAGCGAAAUCGGUCUGUCCGCCUGCAAAAGUUCCAAGGCGCUUCAGACAGUGUAAAGUAGCACCUGAGCCUAAUUUGGAGGAUAUGGAAGAGAAGAUGCGUGCUGCUGAGGAGAGGAAGCUGAAGGAGUUGGAGCGCGUCCGAGAGAGUGCUCGUAGCAGGGCUAGGCUGGGGCGACCACACCCUUCGGAGACUUCUGCCCGAGCCACUGCUGUAAAAAUCGCCGCUAAACAAGCAGCUGCGGAAAGAAAGCGUAGCGAAGAAAUGGAGAAGCGAAGACGAGCUGGGAGCAAAACUUCCCGAAAUAGGAGCAGAAUUGCAGAAGCACAGGCCUUCGCCAGGGACCGGCUUCAGUUGUCUAUUGAACAGAAAGAGGAGCAGACCAAGCAGAGAAAAGUAAAACGGCAAAUGAAGAUUGAUAAGCGGAAUAAGAUGAAACAGAAGUACGCCAAGAAAGUCAAAGAUAGAGUAAGUAACAUUUGAUGUCAAACUCGGGUUUAGCACCCUGACUGGGUAGGAGGAUCUAUGAUUUAAGGAAGAGCGAUUUAGGAGACUUUGGGCAUGAAGAACAUUCAUUGCUAUGGGGGCUGAUUACACUUUCUUGCGGUUCUAGGUGACUCGAAGACUACAGGAGGAGGAGGCAGAAAUCCGAGCUGACCUUCGAGAUAUGGAAACUUACAAAGCCUCCGGCGAUAGCAGCGACGAGUCUUGGGGAGACGAAGAAAAGGAGAGAGUCAAAUACGACUGGGAAGAUUUCUUCUCAGACUAA